AUGGCAUCAGUUUACAAGAGUGUGUCAAAGAAGGCAGCUAGACAGCCCACUGAGGAUAUGUCUGACGAGGACAUCGAAAUGGAGGAGCUCCUCAAUGCAGAAGACGACACCACUGAUAGCGAAGAGGAAGACUCCGACGAUGGCGAGGCAGCUGAGGUUCUGAAGAAGCAGCUCGCUUCAGGAUUUAUGCCCAAGACCCGAGUACUUAUCUUGACCUCUAGAGGUGCAUCCUACCGCCACCGACACCUGAUGUCUGAUAUCUGCGGUCUCCUCCCCCACACCUACAAAGAGACCAAGCUCGACACGAAAAAGAAGGCGGCCGGUUACAACCUCCUUCUUAACUCCCUUGCCGACCUUCACUCGUGCAACGUCAUUUUCUUCCUCGAGGCCAAGAAGAAUGGCCAGGAUCUUUACCUUUGGCUUUCCCGGCCUCCCAAUGGACCUACUAUUAAAUUCCACCUCAACAACCUGCACACAAUGGGCGAGCUCGGCGCUGGGUUCGCAGGGAAUUGCCUGAAGGGCGGCCGCGGCUUGGUCGUCUUCGAUCGCUCUUUCGACGAGCAAGGUCCUGACAUGGGCGUUCCUGGCAGUGAGUACCGUGCGCUGGUUCGGGAGAUGCUGCGCGGAGUUUUCUGCGUGCCCAAGCGUGGUGUCCGAGGCAUGAAGCCCUUCAUUGACCGCAUCAUCGGUAUCUUUGGGGUGGAUGGCAAGAUUUGGAUCCGCGUCUACGAGAUUCGCGAGUCAGAGGCUGCUGACAAGAAGAAGGAUGGCGAGGAGACCGCUAAGCCUGUGCCGAAGGGCAAGGACGGUCUACCGGAGAUUUCUCUGGUCGAGAUUGGCCCCCGCUUCGUUCUGACCCCCAUUGUCAUUCUGGAAGGCAGCUUCGGUGGCCCCGUCAUUUACGAAAACAAGGAAUACGUCAGCCCCAACCAAGUCCGUAGCGAGAUCCGCAAGGAUAAGGCCGGUCGCUACUCCCAGCGCCGAGACGUCCAGACUGAUCGGGUCGCCAAGCGCUCUGAGUUGGGACUGUCGGAAAAUUCUGUGCGCAAGGUGGAUGCAUUGGAUACAAGGAAGUUGUUUGCAUAG